UAUAUAUUAAACUCAGUCCGUGAGCGUUUAUCUUUAUAUGUACAUAUUUGUCUUACACAUAUACCCUUAAAGAUAAAACUAGAUAAUAUAUAAUGUUAAAUUAUGGUACAAUACCCGGAUAGUGUACGAUCUCAUAAUGUCAUAAUUAUUGAAAAAAAUGGCAGAGAAAUGUUAAAAUUAAAUGUUAAAUGACUUGUAAAGAACGAGAAAUGUGUCAGUGUACUAUUGUUUUCAUUAUUAUAAAGUAUGGAACGUCUUUACCGCGUAAAUUGCAGACCAUAUUGUUUUGAAAUAGGUUUACAAAAAUUCAAAUGAUACCGACACUAGUUAAAUGGCAAAGCUAGAGUCGGUUAAUCUUGGUGUGGAUGGGGAAACAUUUGAAAUGGAGAGAGAAGUCGAACAAGAAUCAGUUGAUGACGAGACUGAUUUAGAAGUAAUCGAAACCGACGGUGCAAUACAGGAUUAUAUAGAUGACCCAGAAGGACCACCAAUAGACAGAGGAUGGGCAUGGGUAGUCUUAGCAGGUUGUGUCUUCGAGUUCAUUAUUCAUGGCGGUCUUAUGAAGUCGUUUGGUGUGUUCUUCCUGCAGUAUCAAAUGCGAUUUAAGUCCAAUGCAGCAGAUACUGCGUUUAUGAGUUUCAUCCAGAAUAUUGUCCUCAGCAUAACGGCUCUGUUUGUAAUGACUAUUGGAUUGAAGAGGUUUAGCAGUCGUACAUCUGUUCUAACAGGUGGUACAUUAACAGUUAUUUCAUACAUUAUCACUGCUUAUAGCACGGAUAUACGGGUGUUUUACUUUGCACAAGGUGUGCUUGGCGGUAUAGGAAUGGCCAUGAUUGUUCCACCAAUGCUUGCAAUUAUCGGUGUAUACUUCAACAAACACCGAGGCCUUGCAAACAGUAUUUUCACAGGUGGGGGCUCCGUUGGUGGCCUUAUCUUUGCACCAGUAGUAGUGAAAUUAUUUGAAGAGUACGGGUAUACUGGAGCGUUGCUGAUAGUGGCAGGACUGUUAAUGAAUAUUUGGGUCGGUGCUUUAUUAAUGCGGCCAAUAGAAAGUUACUCUCCGCGCAAAAUAGAAAUUGUAAAUAUUGCUGAACAUUCUCUGAAUGAUAAGAUGCUAGGCAGAAAUGACGAUUAUGUCGACACGGAACAUAAACAAAGUGAGAAAAACGGUAUAAAUACAAAUGUUGUGAAUCCGGGGGAAGCAGAGAUAGCACGGUCUUAUAGAUCACGCAUAAAUGCAGAUAAUUUUACUCGAAUGCAAUCACAUGACCCUAGUAUUGCUGAUCACCAAUCGCUGGGUUCACCUUUGCUUCAGAGAGUUAGGACUCCGUCUUUUGGUCUUAGACAGAGAACUUUGUCUGAAGGAUACAAAGAGUAUAGAAGUGAAAACAAUAUUCACCAUAACAGACACCUGUUAAAAGGAGUAAUUGAUGCAAUAUCACAUUCUCAAAUGUCUCUAUACACAAGCGUUGAAGGAGUUUGCGGUUCCUUUGUUGAUGUCAAUAUUCCAUCAUCAAAAGAAAAUUUCAAACAUAAUGCAGAAAUAGACGAAAUAGAAAUUAAGGAAAAAGAUGUCAGCGAUGGCAAAGCUACGUGUUGCUUAAAUAUGAAAUCAUGUAUUAUUACAAUAGUAAGCUCAGUGUUGGAUUUAGGAUUAUUACGAAAUCCUGCAUUUAUAGCAUUUCUCUUCAUGGCAUUUUCCAUGAUGUCAGGUGUAGCACUUGUCCCAAUUUAUAUGCCGACCCAUGCUAAAGAUAUUGGUGUUAGUAAUGAGAAGAUAGGUUUUUUAAUUUCUAUAAUGGCCGCCAUUGAUCUAGUGUCAAAAUUGACAAUGGGAGUAAUCGCAGACAGAAAGUGGAUAAAAAGGUCGACAAUUCUCGUAAUUGUGGCGUUCACGCUAGGAACGAUGUCACAUCUGAUGCGUUUUGUGAAUUCAUUUACCACAAUGGUUGUAUUCGUUGUUAUAGCCGGUAUUUGUUGCGGACAGUAUUUAUCAAUGUAUGCAGUUCUUCUAAUGGAAGUGAUAGGUCCAGAGAAGUUCAAAAGUUCUCUAGGGUUCGGAACACUGGUACAUGGGACAUCUAUAGCAGUGUUUUUCCCAGUCGCAGGUGGUCUCCGUGAUGUAACGGGGUCUUAUGUGGCUUCUUUUCAUCUAUUAGGAGGACUGGCCUACUUUGCUGGUGGGCUUGCGUUUAUUAUUCCAAUUGUGAAUAAAUGGAAAAAGAGUAAAGAGACGGAUGUCGAAAAGAAAACCUGAAACAUGAGCAGCCAUUUAUCAGAUUUGUCUUAUCAUACAUGUAUAUUUGUAUGGUUUUUAUCUUUUAAUGGUUUCUGUUAUUAUUAUUUUUUUUAUUUUUUUUUGUAAAAUACAUACUUAUUUUUGUGUGAAAAUCGAGUGGCUAUUAACAACGUUUCCUCUAUUAUUUUUAUAAGUAUUUAAGCCAAUAACAUGCUGCCCAAUGAAAGCUUCUUUCUGUAAUAUUAUACCUCUGUAAUCAUUAACUCAUGACACUAUUGUUUGUUACAGAAUAAAAUAAAUAUUUUAUAUUGGAAUACAUGUAAUGGGACAUUAUUAGCAUUGUUUUUAGUAAAAACACAGACACUUGAGUUGUGGAGCUCCGAACGCCUUAAAAACUAACUUAAGUGUAUAUUUGUCAAUCACAGCACAUAUGCUUAUCAUAUAUGUCAAAAAAACUAAAUAUAAGCUGUUUUGAAAUGAAAUCGUAUUUCAUAAUAAUGCACAUGAUAAAAAUGUUCGCCGGAAAAAGUCCGUCAACCUAACCUCACCAUCAUCUUGUUUUUUAUUCCAUUUUAUUCCAAAAAUUUACUCAAAACUACCAGAUUUUAAGCAAGAGGCGAUGAAAAAUGACCUAUGAAUUAGUUGUUGACACAUAA